GUUUUUGAGUGUCUGAGUGGAUUAGUCCCAGGCAUGAAGCCAUGGAUUGGUGGGGUUUCUGCAGGGUUCGACCCGAUUCCGGAACUCCAGGCCUGGUCGUUAGAAAGAGAUGACACUGUUUUCGGAAUCAGAGUCUGUUUCAUGUCUGUGGACGGUGAAUUUGAGAGGAUAAUUUGCGAAUUAGAUAGGGAAUGGGUAUGGUGCUGCAUUGGUGUGCAAAUGAUAGGAGAAGUGGAUCUCAUCGCCGCAGCGCCGGUUGUUGGUUACAGAGAUAGUGGUGGAGAUACUCUGACUGCGAGCGUCUUCUCUGUCGAGAAACGUUCGGAACUGAGACAUAGCAUCCUUUCAGGAUCGGCAUCUGGUGCAGACUGAGUCAGACCAACGAGCCUUGCUGCGAGGCCGAAGGUAUUGGCUAUCAUGGGCACCGCUAAGGUAGAAGUUAUGAGCCCGGUCUGCACUUUUGUCAGACCGAAGAGGUUUGUCACGUCGCAGAGCUUCAAGGAACACCUCAUUCGGAUCAGGUCACAGCCGGAGCCCGAUCUUGCAGUGAUUGUGGAGAGCCUAUCCAAGUUUUCGUUCAAGGUGCCUGCAGUGGCCUCCGUGAAGGAGAAGCCAGAGGUGGAGCAAGAGUAUAUGUCCAAGUGCGAGUGUUGUGGGAUAACAGAAGAGUGCACCCCGGGUUAUGUCGCCCGAAUGAAGGCCAUGUUUUGCGGCCGUCUCGUGUGCGGUCUCUGCGGGGAGGCUGUGAAGGAAGAGAGAAUGCGCAUGGGUCCUGAAACUUCAAUGGAGAGUGCUCUCUGUGCUCACAUGAAAAUCUGCUUCAAGUUUAACACUUUCACGAGACAAGACCCUGCAGCAGAUCUGGCCCAGGCAAUGCGGCAGAUCCUUCGGAGGAGUAUUGAGCUGGGAACCUUUCCGAAGCCUAAGGCAAAAUCAUGGCAGCGAGCUGGGCUCUCUCGCAGCGAAACUUUCAGCAACCGCGGGUAUCCGAAGAGUCUGCCAUGACUCAACAUGAAUCCUUCUGUCACACUAUGACAUUCACCUCAGACUAGGACACAACCUACCUUUGGAUACUGAUAUGCGCAAGCAACAACUGGAACCAUUCUUGAUUAUGCAACAUGCUCCGUCACUUCGACUUAAAAUUAAACAGCGGCUCAAACGAAGACAGCUAUUGAGGAAGCUCAGACGAAGUGGCAUGGCACUUAGAAACUCAGGCCGCAUGUUAAUCCUGUCAUACUUAGAUGUUCUCAUUUCCGAAGCCUCUCAGCAUAGCACUGACAGCUCCUCUGUUAGUCGCACCAAAUCACCACAUUCCAUCAACAAGGGCCUUCUUCUCCGAGCUGUCAACUAAAUUCAAUGCCGGUGAUGCCAGUGACGCCAGGUUCACAGAAGUUGUGGCCUCCUGGUGUCUGUCCUAGUCGAUCGACACCAUGAUCACUACAGCUGUAGUCAUGUGCUGGCAGGAGGAAUUUCUUCUUCUCCUCACAGCUUGACCCAUGUCGACUUACACUGGAUGACCACUCUGACAUGGGCUUCCUAUCAGGAACAUCAAAAAUAAAACAGAGAUAGGGGGAUCAGUGGGUUUAGCCUCACCCUGUAUAGUUUUCUUGGAUUCAUUCUUUUGUGCCUCUUGCCUUGAAAAUAUAGAAACCGAUUGUAAUUUAGAUUAUUCUUGCAUUUGAGCCAAUCAAAAUUACUCACAAACGAGUUCAACUGUACUAUUGACCUCAAACUGUUGGAGGGCACUAAAGCAUGGUUUUAAUAUGUAUUAACUUUUUGCAAGUACUCAAUACUAUUCGAAAUGGA